UUAUUUAUCCUAAGAUGACUCAAGCUGUGGGGAAAGGAAAAAACUUGAUAUAACUCCUUGUUAAACGAAGAAAAAAAAACUAUAUAUUGAUGUAUUAGUCCAUAGUUUUAGUGUAUCGAGAACUAGAAGCGUAACAGCAAUGGAGCUGUCUUCCAGUGCAUUUGUGGUAAUAUUGUUGGCAGUCGCAGCUACAGCAGUACUCUCAAAUGGGUUGGAUCUAUCUUUCUUGCCCAGCGAUUUCCUCUUUGGCAUUGCUUCUUCCUCUUACCAGUAUGAAGGAGCUUACAAGAGUGACGGCAAAGGACUGAGCAACUGGGAUAACUACACUCACGGACCAGGUAGAAGUGUAAUAAUGGAUGGAAGCAAUGGGGAUAUCGCGAUUGAUCAUUAUCAUCGCUACCUGGAGGAUAUAGAUUUAAUGGAAACUUUGGGAGUAAACAGCUACCGGCUAUCCCUGUCAUGGGCAAGAAUUCUACCAAAGGGUAGAUUCGGAGAGCCCAACCAUGCUGGUAUCGAGUUCUAUAACAGACUAAUUGAUGUUCUACUACUCAAAGGGAUCCAACCCUUUGUAACUCUUAGUCACUAUGACAUUCCCCAAGAGCUUGAAGACAGAUACGGGAGUUGGCUAAGUCCCCAGUUACAGGAAGAUUUUGCUUUUUAUGCGGACCUAUGUUUUAAAACCUUUGGUGACAGAGUUAAGUACUGGGUCACAUUCAAUGAGCCGAAUUUCCUAGUGUCACUUGGUUACCGUUCUGGUUUAUAUCCUCCAUGCCGUUGCUCUGGCCAAUUAGCAAUGGCUAAAUGCAGUGAAGGAGACUCAGAAAAGGAGCCCUUUGUAGCAGCUCAUAAUGUUAUCCUGUCACAUGCAGCUGCAGUUGAUAUCUAUAGAACCAAAUACCAGACUGAGCAAAAAGGAAGUAUUGGUAUAGUCCUUCAACAUGAAUGGUUUGAACCAAUGAGCAAUUCAACAGCUGACAAAUUGGCUAGCGAAAGAGCAAGAGCAUUCAACUUCAAUUGGUUCUUGGACCCAAUCAUAUUCGGAAAGUACCCUACAGAGAUGGAGAACGUUCUUGGAAGCCUCUUGCCCAAAUUUUCCAGCUACGAAAAAGAGAAACUCAAGAGAGGAUUGGAUUUCAUUGGCGUCAAUUACUACACGGCUUUCUAUGUCCAAGAUUGCAUGUACUCCGCUUGUAAACCAGGACCCGGGAUCUCCAGAACAGAGGGUUCAUACAAGAAAAGUGGAGAAAAGAAUGGUGUCCCAAUCGGUGAACCUACUCCAUUUAGUUGGUUUAAUAUUUACCCAGAUGGCAUGGAAAAGACUGUAACAUAUGUGAGAGAUAGAUACAAUAACACUCCAAUUUUCCUAACUGAAAAUGGAUAUGCCGAAGAAGUUGAUCCAAAUUUCACUUCGGAAGAACAUCUCAAUGAUUUUAAAAGAAUAAAGUACAUGGUGGAUCACAUAGAGGCUCUGUUAGCAGCAAUAAGGAAAGGAGCAGAUGUGAGGGGAUACUUUGCCUGGACCUUAAUCGACUCGUUUGAGUGGAUAUAUGGAUAUACGGUAAGAUAUGGAUUCCAUCAUGUGGAUUAUGCGACGCUGAAAAGAACUCCAAGAUUGUCAGCAAGUUGGUACAAGCAACUCCUUGUUCAGUACAAGAAAACCUUUUUAUUAGGCACGAGCAUGACAGGGCAUGAAAAACUCGUACAACACACUUGACGCAAAAAAGCUUAUAACCCUAAUGUAGAACCUUAUCAGCUACAAUUCUAAUAAUUUAUGAUAUAUUGUGGGUACUUCUGUCUUUAAUCAAUACUAGGAGAGGAGAUCCUAUAUUUUUGUUUUCAAACUUAUUGAUUCAUGACAACACUUUGAGCAAUCGAGCUCAUUCUUCAUGCCCAAAUCACCAUAUUGUUAUCUAUUA